UUUUCUGCGCUGCGGUGCACGAGGAAUUUUUCCUCCAGACAAAUGGGCAAGAUUGAAUGGAGUCAAUCGGUCAAAACUCAACUUUUGAUGGUUAAAGAUGGCUUGAGAUGGAGGAAACAGCUACCAUCGACCCGUAUACUUCCUCGAAACUGAGGGCAGAAAGAGUAACACAGCCUCUUCCCUCUUUUGGUCUUUCUAACUCGUCGCUCCCUCCAUCCCCCGAACCUGUAGGGUAAAACCAAAAAAUCCAUCUUUUUCGCUUCUUCCGCCUCCACAAGAUGAACGGCGGACCAUCUGGAUUCCACAAUGCUCCAGUCACGAGAAUCUUGGUCUUCGCGACCGCUCUCUUUACAAUCGUCUUUGGAGUUAAGGGCCGUUCUCCUCGGUUAGGACUAUCGCGUCAGGACAUCAUCAAUAACCUUCACAUAUGGAGGGUUAUCUCUGCAAUGUUUGCCUUUUCAUCAACACCAGAGUUACUGUUUGGGCUGUAUUUGCUCUAUUACUUCAGGAUAUUUGAGAGACAGAUAGGCUCUAAUAAAUACUCAGUCUUCAUUUUAUUCUCUGUGAUAUUGUCAUUGUUGUUUGAGGUCCUAGCUUUGGUGCUUCUUAGAGAUCCCACCUUAGGUGUACUUGCAUCUGGACCAUUUGGUCUUAUAUUUGCCUCUUUUGUACCUUUUUACUUUGAUAUACCAGUUAUAUCACGGUUCCGUAUAUUUGGUAUACACUUCAGUGACAAGUCUUUCAUAUAUUUGGUGGGCCUUCAGCUUCUUUUGUCAUCCUGGAAACGGUCACUUGUACCUGGUAUAUGCGGUGUACUUGCUGGUUCCUUGUAUCAUCUUAAUGUGUUUGGCAUCCGUAGGAAAAAGUUUCCGGAAAUGGUAGCAUCAUUUUUCUCAUGGUUAUUCUUGUCCUCUUCUACAAGCUCAUCACGCACACCAUCAAGUGGGAAUGUAAUCGGAAAUGUACCUUCUUAUGCAGCUCGUGAAGUACAGCGAAAUUAUCCUUCCUCUUUGCAUGCUCCAGUUCCAGAGCCACCGGAGUCUUCUGUUGCUACAUUAGUAUCCAUGGGCUUUGACGGCAAUGCUGCCAGACAGGCGCUCAUGCGUGCGAGAAAUGACAUCAAUGUAGCCACAAACAUCUUACUUGAAUCGCAGGCUCAAUAGUUGAAGUCACUUUGUCAGAAAAUGGGGUGCAGGGUCCGGUAUGCUUCCAGAAAAUAGCCCCACGGAUAAUAAUGAUAGAAGAAAACCAUUGUAUUGCUUGUGGCUCUUAGCCCUCAUCGCAUAUGUUCACUAACAGGUGCUAUCCUGGUUCAGUGUUUCCAUUUGGCAGUGAGAAGCUCAUUCAUCAGUAUUAGUGGGUGCUGUUAUAUUGUAUGCCAUCAGAGAGGGAGAGCCUGCAAUAUUCCUCUGUCCAGAUAUUGAGAUGGAUGCUGAUAAUCAACCAAUGUCAAUGAUGGGUACCAUAAUGUAACUAUUUUUGAGGUUUUAAGAUAAGCACCAGUGACAUGUUUGCUACUGCACUUGAGGUCACGUUGUAGUUCAAAGACUUGCUGCAUGUCAUAUUUCAGCGACACACGCAUGUCCCAGUGAUUGCAUUGUCAUCGUGGGUUUAGGAUGUGUUUUAUUCUAACAACUUAUCAUGUUGUUGGACGUGCGUAUUUUGUACCGGAGAUGGCUGUAUGUACAGCUCUAAAUAGCUGCAUUGUCAUCAAUCUUGAAGAUGGACAGCUGUUAUGAUGCACCGUUUGGCAUCCAGUACGAGCCUCUCCUAAGAAUUGCGCUGUUUGUUUCCAAAGAUGAAUGACAUGGUGAUUAUUGAGGGCUGUACGGCUGGGAGAAAGCGGCUUGCUUCUAUCCUAGGGUGAAUUAAAACUUGCACUGCAGAAGAUCUAAACUCCUUGUGAUCAUCACAAUGAAAAAAUAAAGCGGCUUGCUGCUAUCUAAUCACUGUGCUCCUGUAUUCCCAGACAAUUAUAUCCUGUCAAAUUGGUUUCUACUUCCAUCUUUUUC